GAGGUAGACAUCUGUGGAGUUAUAACAAGACCAGACUCUCUGACGAUGGAGACCAUCAGUGUAUUGUUUGCCCUGACUGUUGCCGGUGGGUUGGUGUCCCUUGCUGAGGCCCACGGACGCCUGAUCCUACCCCCCUCUAGAAGCUCCAUGUGGCGGUUCGGGUUCCCCACCCCAAAGAAUUACCAAGAUAUGCAGUUGUGGUGCGGCGGCUCAUGGAACCAGUGGGGUCUAAAUGGAGGACGAUGUGGUGUAUGUGGAGACCCGUACCAACAGAAUCCCCGCGAGAACGAGGCUGGCGGGAAAUACGCCACCGGCAUCAUAUCCCGAUGCUACCGGUAUUUUCCCACCGGACAGAUAAUUGCCGUGCAGGUGGACCUCACGGUGAACCACCUUGGCUACUUUGAGUUCCGACUGUGUGAACACAACGACACCUCCACCCCGAUAUCACAAGCCUGUCUGGACGCCAACCUCCUCCAGUUCGCUGACGGCAGCACGCGACAUUACGUGAGAGAGCGGGACUACGGGGUGAUGACGUUAAACCUCCGUAUACCACCCACAGUGGUGUGUACUCAGUGUGUACUGCAGUGGAAGUAUCAUACAGGUAACAGCUGGGGUAGAGACAAGGGUGGGGAAGGCAUUGGUCACGGUCCCCAGGAGGAAUUCUACGGCUGUUCAGACAUCGCCAUCCUACCAAACUGUGAUGACGUCACAGGAAAAUCAGCCACUCCCCACUAAGGCCCUUUCAGGGACGACGCAAGCCAAGACAUAGUAUCUGUAAACUAUGAUCACUUUGUUGCUGGAAUUGGUUACAGGAUGGUCCCAAUGAAGGCAAACAUUUGAGUGGAGUUUUAUAGCAUGCGCAGACACCAUCUCUUUUAAGAGGGAAAGAAAGUGCAAUCAAAUUCAAGUUAUUCUGUCCUAUGUAUAUAACGGUAUUGCUGUAUAUUUGUGCUACACACACUUUAAAUCAAUCAAUUUGAUAGCUUAAAGGCUUUUCUAUAUUUCUAUAAGCUUAAAUUCAUCUUUUUGAUAAAUAACAGCCUUUAGUGUUUAAUUACAUACGAUAAUUGUUGAAAGUUGAACUUCCUUGAGCAAUUUAUCAAAGUUGAAAUCACGGAAACUUGGUCUUAGCUAAGCAUAGUAAUCCAAAAGUGUUCUACUUUUGUAUCGUGCAAUACCUUUUCUAUCACAUGAAAAUGAGAUACAAAAUACAUGCAAUUAUUAUCAGUAUAGUGAUUAUGUCAAUUAUUUACUUUUAAUCUUUAAUAAAGCGAUCUGCAUCUGU